AUGAAUAAAGAUAUAUUUAUAAGUACAGUAUUAAAAAAUAAAGUAUUAUAUAGAUAUAUAUUUGAUAGAGUAUAUGAAAUCAAUAGAAUAUAUCAAGAUGAGAAUCAUCAUCAUUAUUAUAAGUGGAAUACAAUUAUUAAAUCACCAAAACUGAUGAUUACCUUUGGUUAUUUCAAUCUCCUUAAGAUAUUCUAUGAUCAAAGAAUAAAAGAUAUUUUAUUAAUAUCAGCUAAUACCGAGCUAUGUGGUCGUGAUAAGCAAUUUAUGGAGGCAGCAAGAGUCGGUAGAUUGGAUAUUCUCAAGUACUUGAUAGAAGUAUUCAAAAUCAUUGAAAGAAGUAAGGAGAGACAAUAUGAAAAGGAAUUUCAAAGAGUCCUAAUGAUGGCAAUUAUAUGCAAUCAGAUCAAUAUUGUGAAGUAUCUCAUUGAAUCGGUAGAUUAUCAAUGGGAUUAUGCUGGAGCAUAUACCGAAUCACCAAGAUCAAUGAAUGUAGCGAUGGUCGAAUAUCUUGCGAACCAAUUGGAUAGACAUCCAGAUCAAAAACAAAAAGUUAAUUCAGAUGUAUUUAAUAAGGCUGGAGCAUAUGGAAAUACCAACGUCAUUCAAUGGUUGAUCACCAACAGACCCAACGGAUUAGAAAGAGGAAAUAAGAUGCUUUAUUUCGCAGUAAUCAAUGACAAACUUGAAGCGGUUAGAUAUCUUUUGCAAUUGGGUCCACUAUUUAACUCAGAGUCUGAAGAUAAAAUAUUAUAUGAACAUGCAGCAACCAACAACAACUUGGAAAUGAUGAAACUCUUACACCAAUUUAAUAUUUCAAAAGAAUCAUCAAUCACAACUGAACUUAUUUGGUUGGCAGGAGAGAAAAACAAUCUUGAAAUGCUGAAAUGGAUCGUUGAGACCUUUGAUAGUGUACCAAAAUAUCCUAAGAGUUUGAUAAAAAGUGCAGCAAAGAACAACAACCUUGGAAUGGUCAAAUGGUUAGUUGAGAAUACAUCAAUUAAAUAUCCUGAUGAUAUAAUCAGUAUUGCAGCAAAGAGCAAUUCUUUGGAAAUUAUCAAAUAUUUACAAACUAAACAAGGAGUGAAAUUCUCAAGUGAUAAUAUGGAUGCUGCUGCUAAGCACGGAGACUUGGAUCUUUUGAAAUGGUUUCAUGAGAAUAGAAGUGAAGGUUGUACCACUGCUGCAAUUGACAAAGCAUCUAAAAAAGGCAAGCUUGAAGCAAUCAAAUGGCUGCAUUCAAAUACAAGUGCGCGGUGCACAUCAAGAGCAAUGGACAAAGCAGCAAAGAAUGGACAUAUGAAAGUUGUUGUAUGGCUUCAUGAGAAUCGAACUGAAGGAUGCACACCGAAAGCUUUGACGAACACAUUUGAUUUCCAAAUGAUCAAAUGGCUUCUAACGAAUAGAACUGAAGUAUCUUCGGCUUCUGUUACAAUCAGCCAAGAACUUUUCCAAUCAAAAGAAGGUUUGGAUAAUAUCAAAUGGCUAUUUGAGAAUGGGCGCAUAACAUCUAACAUGAUAGAUGAUGUGUAUAUAGGUGCUAUAUCCAGCAACAAUAUGGAAUUAAUUGGAUGGAUACUUUGCAAUAGAACCGAGUUUAGAGAGAAGAUCGACAAUGAUCUCAUGAAACAACUGAUCGACAAAGAUCAAUAUGAAACCAUCGAUUGGAUAUUGAACAAUCAUCAUUUCAAGUAUUACAAACUCAUCAAAUAUCAAUCAAUAAUAGAAGAGGAAUACCCAGAGUCUCACAAGCUAUUGGAGAUAUUCGAUCGACUAAUUAUUAGAUUACAGUCAGAGCAACCAAUGAAAAGAAGAAUGACCUUUGACAACUCUGGCGAACAACCAAAUAAAUAUGUUCGUCUGCCAAAUUAA